CCGCCCCGGCCCUGCCCCCGGCCCGCCCCCCGCCGCGCCCGGCACCGCGGCCCCAGCCCAGCCUCAUUCAAACGGCUGCAGCGCCCGGCGCCCGCCGGCUCCAGCUAAGGAAGAACAGUUUUGCUGUUGGUAGAGUGUGCUAGUUGAAAACAUGUUGGCCACCAAGCUGUCCCGCCCUCUCUUGAACUUCUCUGUGAAAGCACUGAAUUUCAAGGACCCAGGGAAUGGCUUUAGGCCCAUGAAAAGAUUUUCCUUCCCUCUCUUAUCCCCAUGUGGCAGCCGCUCUUAUGCAAAUGAAGUCGAUCAGAUUGGCAGCAGAGCUGUGCUUAUAACAGGCUGUGACUCAGGAUUUGGAUUUGCCUUGGCCAAGCACCUGCAUGACAAAGGUUUCAUUAUUUAUGCUGGCUGCCUGCAAAAGGACAAGGGAGAGGGUGGCUCCAAGGAACUGGAUGACAUGAAGAGUGAUCGAAUGAGAACUGUCCAGCUCAACGUCUGUGACAGCAAAGAAAUGGAUCGGGCAGUGGAGCAUGUGCAAAACAGCCUCGAGGACCCAGAGAAAGGGCUCUGGGGGCUGGUAAACAAUGCCGGGAUCUCCACAUUUGGGGAAGUUGAAUUCACCAGCAUGGACACCUACAUGGAGGUAGCUGAAGUGAACCUGUGGGGGACCGUGCGAACCACCAAGGCUUUCCUCCCGCUCAUCCGGAGGUCAAAGGGUCGUGUGGUGAACAUCAGUAGCAUGAUGGGGCGGAUGGGCAGCCCUGCCCGGUCACCGUACUGCAUCACCAAGUUCGGUGUGGAAGCCUUCUCCGACUGCCUGCGCUAUGAGAUGCAGCCCCAGGGCGUCAUGGUCAGCAUUGUGGAGCCCGGCAACUUCAUCGCCGGCACCAACCUGUACAGCCCCGAGCGGAUCAAAGCCAUCGCCGACAAAAUGUGGGAUGAGCUCCCCGAGAUCGUGCGCAAGGACUACGGCAGGAAGUACUUCGACGAGCAGGUCAGCAAGAUGGAGUCAUACUGCAACAGUGGCUCGAGGGACACCUCGCCGGUCAUCGAGAGCGUGGCGCACGCGCUCACCGCCACGGCCCCCUACACCCGCUACCACCCCAUGGAUUACUACUGGUGGCUGCGCAUGCAGAUCAUGACCCACAUGCCCGCUGCCAUCGCAGACCGGCUCUACGUCUACUGAGGCCUCACACUCAUAAGCUACCCAGCCUUCCAGAAGAUGUUGGAGCAUUAGCAGCCAAGCACCGAAUGUUAAUUGUUUAUAAAAAUUCUAAUUGCACUCUUCUGUACAUUAGAUACAUAUAUUUAAACAAAGCAUUCUAAAUAAUGAAAUAGAAGUCACGUAUUUCCUAUAAUGCUCUAGUUCCUGAGGUUGCUGGAGUAAUAAAACUGACUCUUUUGUAGGAUUGUAAACUGUCCUAAACCCAGUAGAUAAACCUUAUUACAAGAGCAAAAGAAAGAUGAGUUUGCUGUAUACACAUAGCAUACAAUCCCUAACUGAACAAGAGCUCAAACAACUUCAGUACACACAAACUGCACAGUGAUAGGAAAAAAAAAAGGUUUUUUAGACAAAAAGAAGUCCAGUUUUUUCUUACUCUCCCUGUAAACAGGAACACGUUCUUCUACUAGCCAUGCCCAGCUGGACACUCUAAUGCUAAGAAUAAAGACAUCCUUGUAUUCUGAUGGAGAUCGGAUUAACCUAGAGACAAGUUUUAGUUAUGAGGACAAACUGGAUAUGCAGUUCAAAAAUGAAAAUUAUGAAGAUUGUAUUACUGGGGAAACUCUCUUCUCUGUAUAUAAAAAAAAAGAUUAAAAUUAAAUAAGCAGAGAUGUGUAAGAGGAUCCCAAAAGAAUUCCAUUGAGUAGGCUUAAUAAAAUUUGCUUAACUGUGAUUUUUAAAAAUAAAACCUUGAUUUUAACAACUGAAGAUCAGAUCCUUCCCCAUGUAGUAGGCAGCAACUUAUUUUACCCACAAGAAUGAAGAUGACAGACAAAAGUGAGCUGGUAUUUCAACUGUUAAUGGUAUCUAUGAUGGGCACAUGACUCAUUGUGUUGUGUCACAGAGUAACUGCAGACUGUGUUGAAAAGAGUAGCUUUAGUUUUUAGUGGCCUCGUGAAAAUUUUCCCUAUGUAGUAGUUUUUGCAGGGAAAAAAAAGACAUGUUACAAUUCCAUGUUUUGAUUCAAGUAGAAUGUUUCUACAAGAAGUAUUUUGCAUCUCUUAUAACCUGCAAAAUUACAGAUGAUAAGGAAAAGGUGCUCUUCUGAAAAGACAUCUCCUGGAAGGUAAUGCUGUGGCACACGAUCCAAUCUUAUCAGAUAUCAGAGAAUCCAGAUGAGUGGAGGCAUAAUGAGCAAAGUAACUUCACUCAGGCUUCAGUCCUUGUUAGGCAGGGGAAAUGAGGCUCCAUUAGUUUCACUGCUUCCCCAGUUGGCUGUGAAGCAUUGCACUGAGUUUGCAGGGGAAGUGAAGUGAAAGCUUUUCUGCAGCUGUCAGAGAUCCUUUCAUGAGCAACAACUCCCAGUUCUGAAUGAAUAAGGGAAAUCAUCUGCUUUGUAUACUAUAAGGUGACUGCUAGUACUACAUAUGGUGACCUUGGACAUUUAUGUGACAAAAUUAAGGGAGGACCAAUUUUAUUGGUUUUGUGUUUUCUUUCAUUAGUAAGCCCAAUAUAAAAAAAGUCUUGAGUUUUACUCAUUAUUCUUCAACAGUCAGCAUUUCUUUUAUUAGAAUUAAUACUAUAAUUAUAUUAGUCUAGAAAUAUUUCACCUUAUACACCAGUGUCCAACUUUAAAUAUGAACAGAUGUACCUGCACUUAUUUUUUAUAUAUUUAUUAUUUAUUUAUCAUUAGAUGUACCCCACCUUCUGCUGUAACAGAGUUUGUCUCAGCUAGUUACUACUGUAUUUUUUUUGGCCGUACUAAUAACUGUAAAUUCUUGCAAUGCGAUGAUGUCUGCAGUCCUUUUUUUCUUGGUGUUCUUGUGUUGAUUGUCAUUAUGUGUGGAUCUAGGGAAAGUUUUUUGAAGUCUCCUGUUCUGAGUUCAUUAUACUUCUCCAGUUACUGUGUGGGACACCAGCUGCAACACAUCUACUGCCAUUGCCAGUUUGUGAAGUCUACAUUGUCAACAGGCUCCAGUGGGACUUAAAGGGGUUCACCAGGUAGCUGGCACAAAGUCAAACCCCUCCAUGUCCUGCUACCCUGUUUGUGGCCAAAGUGUGACUGCCUCAAACCAUAAGAAGCCUGACAACAUUCUUUUUCCCUUUGGUGUGGUGCCAGCUGAACAGGUGAGGUUUCUAAAGUAGAGUCAUUUUUAAAGUGGCAGCUGGACUGCCUUGAGGAGUAGGAGCUGGUGUAGGAUCAGGUACAAAUCUGUGGCAGGGCUCACUACUAUGAUCACUUGCCAGAGCAGGCAGCUGCCAGCAAGCUCUGGUGUAGUUUCUCAAAGUGGGAAAGCCUUGUCUCUGUUUCACUAUAGCUUAUGAAACUGGGGCUAUUAGGCUCUGACACAGGGCUGCUUUUUCCCCAUGUACAAAUGGCAUGGGCUAGGAUUAGGUGACUGUUACAGCAGGUUUUCCAGGGGAAAAAAAGCUUGUGCUGUGCUGGCCUCCCUUCUGCCAGAAGUUGCCUGGUCCUGUAUCACACAUCCCCCCUAAGCACCAUGUCCUCAACAGGCAGAGCAGUACAUGUGCUGUAACAAGCUGCCUGUCCCUGCCAGAGGUCGUCCCAGGCAGAACAUCCCAGACGUGCUCCUGGCAGCAAUUGCAAAACAAGGGAUUUUAAUGGGGAAAUCUGAGGGCAGGGAGAAAGGGCCAUUGGUCACAUCCUCAGAUGCUUCUGAGGCCAAGAGGACUACAGUGGCAAUGGGCUGCUGCUUUGUGUAAUUGUCCUGGAGUUCCUAUUCCAAGGGUCAUUUUGGAGCACAGCCAGGGUGUGUUAAGCACAGCAUAAAGUUGACUUCUAUACUGACCACACCAGUCAUAAUUUAAGUACAAGCUUUUCUGUAUGCUGCAUGUAGUGGUUUGAUUUAAAUGAUAUUGCUUAAGUUGUGGCACAAAUGAUGCUCUGUUUCAUACUGUUUUUUCCUUCUCCAAGGGCACUACAAAAUGUCCUGAAAGCUGGAGCCUGAAAAAGACAAUGUGCAAUACAGGACAGUUUUGCAACACCGGCUCUAGCUGCAAUGUUGCUUGUAAAAAUGUCAUUUGCUUUCAUGGAAUAUUUUCUGUAUAUGCUGGAAUUUCAAACCCGCUUUUCAUACUGAAGUUUUAAGACUGUGCUUUCUGGUUCAACUGCUUUCAAUCAGCAGAUACACUCCCAGAACAGAAACAGAAGUGCCGGGAACCAACACCACUCUCUGAGGUACAAUAAGGCUCACCUAAUUGCUUCCUGACUUGCUGAUCCAUCAUCCUGACCCCCUCUUUGAUGUUUUCUUUCUUUAUUUUUCCUUGAGCAUUAGUAACAAGUGAGAAAUGCUGUCUCAGGGUGUUAUAUAUGGGAUUAUUCCUCUAUCCCCAGCACAGUGACCGUAUGUAAUGGGAUUAUCUCUUAUUUAAAAUAAAAAAGACUUGGAAACAUCAAA